AAAACAUAAUACGUCAGCGGAAGAAAGAUGCUGUCGUCAUGUGUUAUCUAUGGCCUCCAAGCCGAUGCAGUGUGCGCUGCUAUGGUGACUGUAUUUCCAAAUUCAUCGGCAACAAACAUGUGUAAUCAGUAAGAAGAUCAUAACGAGUCAUCUGUUUUCGUGUGCUGGCGUGAAUCGCAACACAAUGACAAAAGCCAGAGAUCCAAGUUGGCUGCAGUGAUCGAGAGUUCAUACGAGAUGUUUCCCAUGUCGGCUGACCUCACGGGAGACACAUGCCAUCUACAGUCGAAGAUUAGCUGAAACAUCUGACCAUCUUCAAAGUCUUGGAAGGCAGCGACACACAGAGUUUACACCGUACAAGGAGGCCAAAGUGUAGAUUCCCCUGGCCCUAAACACUUCCAACACAGAGUCCAGGGGUUGCAACCAUUAACAUUAUUUAUCAUAAAAAAGAAGAAGCAGUCUUCAGAGUGUUGCACAUGUUUGUCUCCCUGUCAUCUUCUUCCAUCUCUGUCCUCGUCGCGCCGACUUCUAUCGCCUUCCUGGCGUUCUCCAGCUCUUGUCCAUCAUCUGAUGUUGAGCAUCUGAUUCUACUGUGAAGCUAACCGGCUUGCUAACAUGGCACAAGGCUGCUCCUGUGAUAACAAAACUAUCUUGCACAGAGUCUCCAGCAAAUGUGUCACCGAGGAGUACUGGCGCCGGAAGUUGCCUCCCGGUUUCCGCUACGUGCUGGACACUGUAGCCCGCAAUGUGAUGCGCAAAUCCCCACAGGACAUCUAUCUGUACUCGAGCAUCCUUCUAGAAGAAAUGAUGCUGCAGCGCCGCAAGGAGCGUAGCAUGCUGCCGGACUGGCCCUACUUCAACAAGUUCCUUCGGCGCAUUGAGCCUGCUCGGGUUCCACCCAGGACCAGUGUGCCUAAGGCCCCACCGCCAGCGAUCCCACCAAAGAAAAAGUGUUGCAAGUGUGGCCGAAUAUUAGAGGAUGAACAACGCCCUGUCCCGGGGAUCGGUGUGUACACAGAAACGCCGGAGGAUUGGGAGGGGCGCAAGCUGGUGUGCGGCGGCAGCUGCCGCAUCUUGGCCUUGGACCUCAGCAAAGAUCCUUUCGGACAUCGAGACACUCGUCGCGAAUUUCCGGACAAAGAGCCGUCCAUCGUAUCCUGCCGCUCGCUGGCGAUGCUAGUUGAUUACUAACCUGCUGGUGGUGUAACCAAAGUCAUGGCAACACACAGGUCACGUGAUUCAAAACUACAUCCCACUGCUGGGUGGCAACAGCCUCAAUGAACAUGCAAAUUAGACUUUUGAGUAGACAGAGGGCAGUUAAAUUGUCGUUAGUAGCACUCUUCUCUCGAUCUCUUUUUUUCUCACACUGAUGAAGUUCUUAACACGUGAGUAAAAUGGUCAGCAAAAAUU